AUGGCGACGAAUUCAACGUUGACACCGAUAAAGCCAUACCAACAGAUCAUUGCUUCGGGUUCCGGUGCUGUGUUGACAGCUCUUUUUAUGACGCCAUUCGACGUUGUCAAAGUCCGAUUGCAAUCACAGAUCUCGAAUGCCGUUCGACAUAAUGCAACUCGAACUCCACACUUACCGACCAAAUCAAUCUCGGCAUCUGUUCUGUCAUCAGCCACAACUUGCCGACACUAUAUGACACAUCAACAAGUACAUUAUUAUACCGGUACAUUAGAUACAUUAUCAAAAAUAAUUCGAGCUGAAGGUUUCGGCGUCCUAUGGUCUGGCUUAACGCCUGCUCUCUGUGUGUCUAUACCAACCGUUGUUAUCUAUUUUACAUCGUAUAUGAAAGCUAAACAACUGCUUGGAUACAAUGAGAAAAGUCCAAAUCCAAUAUUACCGGUGAUCGCUGGUGCUUGCUCACGUAUUGUUGCUGUGACGACUGUUUCACCGUUUGAAUUAGUGCGAACAAAAAUGCAAUCGGAAAAAGUUCCCUAUAGUAAACUAUUUGAUAUUGUACGUUCAUCUUUAUCCGAAGAGGGACCACGUGUUCUAUGGAGAGGUUUACUGCCUACUAUAUGGCGUGAUAUACCAUUUUCAAUGAUCUAUUGGUUCAAUUACGAGACAUUCCGAGCUUACCUUGUUCGCUCAAAUAUUCCCGUUGAUGCCUAUGCAACAUUCGCUUGCGGUGCAUUGGCUGGUAGUAUUGCUGCAACAUUAACAACACCUGCCGAUGUUGCUAAGACUUUUCGCCAAAUUGAAUUAGGACGUAGUAAAUACUCACCGACGAACGGAUGUCUUUCAUGUUCAUCAACAUCUGUUAAUCCACCGCUUCAAUCCACAAAAACUCUGUCUAUUCUAGCACACAUCCUUCGAAUCGAAGGUCCACAGGGCUUAUUUACAGGUCUAGUGCCUCGAUUGCUGAAAGUAGCUCCAGCUUGUGCAAUUAUGAUCACAAGUUUCGAAACAUUAAAGUCAUUCUUUCAAACAAUGAAUGCUUCCAAUUAA